UUGGCCGUCAUUCCGCGACCUGUUCUCGUCUGUCGUUGGAGAGAACCCCGCUCUCUCUAAGGUCGAGCGGCUGCACUAUGUCCGAUCGUGCCUGCAAGGGAAUGCGGAGAAAUUAAUAAAGACACUUACGAUUAGUAAUGAGAAUUAUGAUCGCGCGUGGACUACUCUCUCCAAGCACUUCGAUAACAAACGGGAGCUUAUCCGCUCCAAUUUCGCGACCUUUACUUCCGUGCCAAAAAUGAAGAGCGAGAGCGCGGAGGAGCUCAAUCGUAUACUUGCCGCCGCAACCGCCGCAGUAAACGCGCAGGAAAGUAUAGGCCGACCGAUUCAAUCCCACGGGAUGGACCUGUUCAACCACCUGGUCGCCGAGUUGUUCGAUCCGCGAACUCGGCUUGAAUGGGAGUCCUCCUCUUCUGACUCAAGCGAACCUGCCGAUCAUGAAACACUUAUCGAGUUCAUGACGAAACGAAUACUUACCUUGAACGCCGCCAAACCAAGGUCCGCCGGGAAGGUGCUGCCUGACGCGCCGCGAACAGCUAAGGCUCAUCACGCCAAACGUGAAAGCGAGACCGCGACCUGCGAUCUGUGCAAAUCCAAACACUCCCUGUGGCAAUGCCCCGCGUUCAAGGCCAAGUCCGCUGCAGAAAGGAAGGAGCACGUAAAUUCCGGGCGACUAUGUUGGAACUGCCUCGGUCGUCACGCGGUCGCCAAAUGCCAAUCCACGCGUAAUUGCUUCUCCUGCGGGGCACGGCACCACACUCUGUUGCACGACGCGAGCGCGCUCCCCAUGCCGGUGGAGGCAAGCUCGCUGACCACCUCGCGACGGUGCGAUAACAGUGGCUCAGUCCUCCUGGCGACUGCACGCGUACUCGUAACCGACCGCCAUGGAGAAGCUCACACUGUCCGCGCACUAGUGGACCAAGGGUCCGAGGUGUCCAUUGUCUCUGAGGCACUGGUCCAGAGACUCCGUCUCCCGCGUUCGCGCACCGCGGUGUCGAUCCUCGGGAUUGGGGGAUCCAAGUCCGGAACGGCACGGGGAAAGGUGGCUCUCCAACUCACAGGUCAGACCACCGGCGCCGAGGUGUCCGUCGACGCGUACGUGCUCCCGCGGCUCACUCCGUACACGGGACCCGCGACAAACCGCGAGGCCGAUUGGCCUCACAUUCGAGGCCUACCUCUGGCCGACCCGCAAUUCAACGCCGCAGAUCAGAUCGGGCUACUGCUCGGCGCUGAGGUAUGCGGCGUCAUCUUGGAGAGUGGACUCCGCAAGGGAGGUCCGCACUCACCGCUUGCCCAGAAAACCUCUUUGGGCUGGAUCCUGUCCGGGUGCGGUGAGUCAAAAGCCAUCACUAACUCGCGUGGAGCGCACCAAUGCACCCUGGAUCGCGAUCUGAACGACCUGGUGCAGCGCUUCUGGCUUCAGGAGAAGGAGCCCUCGGUUCUCCCUGCUCUCACGCCCGACGAACAACGCUGCGAAGAUUUCUUUGCCCGCACUCAUUCACGCAAUAGCACUGGGCGAUACAUCGUUCGGUUGCCCUUUUCCGCCAAGCCCGCCACUCUCGCCGGUACGCGAAAGCCCGCCGAAAGACUACUGGCUGCUAUGGAGCGCAAGAGCCAGAGCGACCCACGCUUUGGCAGCCUCUACCGGACCUUCAUGCAGGAGUACGCUGACCUGCAUCACAUGGAGAAAGUUAGCCACACGCCCGUCCAACAGAAAGAGAUAUGUUUCUUGCCUCAUCACGGGGUGAUGAAAGAGGCCAGCACAUCGACCAAGCUCAGGGUUGUGUUCAACGGAUCGCAGCGCACCGGAUCAGAGGAAACGCUGAACGGCUGCCUGAUGAUUGGAGCAAACCUACUGCCCGCGUUGGCCGACGUUCUGCUGCGAUGGCGGUGGCACCGCUACGUGUUCAUGACGGACAUCGCCAAGAUGUACCGUCAAAUUCUUGUGCACCCUCAUGAUCGGGACUGGCAGAGGAUCCUGUGGCGUCCGAGGCCCGACGGAGAAGCGCUAGAGUACCGCCUCAACACGGUUACCUACGGCUUGGCGUGCGCCCCGUUCCUCGCCAUUCGGACGCUCCGUCAACUGACCGACGACGAGGGAGGCCGCUUCCCGCUGGGUGCUGCGGCGUUGAGGAGCGACUCCUACGUCGACGACAUCGUCACCGGCGCCGACUCCGCGGAAAAGGCCAACUCAACGGCCCGAGAACUCCAGGACUUGUGCAAGGCGGGCGGGUUUUCCUUGCGAAAGUGGGCCGCUAACUGCCAAGCCGUACUUGCUGGAAUUCCCGUAGAGCACCGCCUCCAAGUGUCCUCGCGACAGUGGAACGUGGACCGCCACUCCACCUUGGGACUGCUUUGGCACCCCGUCGAGGACUCGUUCGCCAUCUCACUUCGCGCACGCACAAUACCACCGCUCACGAAACGUAACGUGCUCGCCGAGACGGCCCGGCUAUUUGACCCGCUCGGAUGGCUGGCCCCCCGUGAUUAUUCGGGCGAAAAUCCAUAUCCAGUCCGCCUGGAUUCAACAGGUGGAUUGGGACUCGACUCUCCCAGCGCCCGAUGCCCGCCUCUGGCGAGCCUUCCUCGAGGACCUUCCGAGCCUCGAGGGAAUGAGAGUGCCGCGAUGGUUGGGCAGCGACAUCGCCACGGCCGAACUCGAGAUGCACGGCUUCGCCAACGCAUCGGAGAGAGCUUACGCCGCAGUAGUGUAUCUCCGCACUUCACGCCCCGACGGCAGCACGAUAAACUUGCUCGCCGCCAGGAGCAAGGUCGCCCCGGUGAAGCCUGUAUCUCUCCCUCGGUUGGAGCUUUGCGCUGCGACACUCUUGACCAACCUCGCGCAUCACGUGCGCGAGGUAUUGUGCUUGUCCACAGCCCCGCUCUUUUUAUGGUCGGACUCCACGGUCACUCUUCACUGGAUACGCGGCCACGCUUCCCGGUGGAAAACCUACGUGGCGAACAGGGUAGCACGGAUCCAGGACCGCCUCCCCGGAGCGCAGUGGCUGCACACGCCUGGACACGAGACCCCGCGGACUGCGCUUCACGAGGCAUCUCACCGAGCGAGCUAAUUACUCACCCACUCUGGUGGUCCGGCCCCCCUUGGCUCAGUCGUACCCGAGAUGCCUGGCCAACUCAGAAGGUCCAUGAGGAAGACGAAGGCACUGGCGCCAUUCCGGAGAGCCGCACCGUGGCUUGUGUCGCCACACAUGCACCCACGGAACCUGAAACCCUCCUACGCUUUUCCUCCUGGCACUCCCUCCUCAGGGUCACAGCUUGGAUGCUCCGCUGGAGAUAUCCUCACCAUGGCCCCCUCGAACCUGACGAGUUGAGAAAGGCCUCCCUACUGUGGAUACGCCUCGCUCAGGGCAUCCACUAUCCCGCCGAAAUCAAAGCCGCCACACGUGACCGCGCCGUACUCGCCACGAGCCCCCUAGCCAAGCUGAGCCCCUUCCUGGAUGAGGACAGCAUCCUGAGGGUAGGAGGACGGCUGAGGAACGCGAGCCUUCCACGUGACGAGCGACACCCCAUCAUCCUGCCGCCGGCGUCAUGGCUCACCCUCCUGAUGGUGGAUGCCCACCACCGUCGCUCGUUGCAUGGCGGUGUGCAGCUCACCCUAGGGCUGCUGCGCCUUGAAUAUUGGCUGCCGCGAGGAAGAGCCGUGGUCAAGCAACGGCUGCGGCAGUGCGUGACGUGCAUUCGCUGGCGAGGAACCGCACUCCAACCUACCAUGGGCAACCUUCCGCGGGACAGAGUGACCCCCGCACGGCCGUUCACGAAGACUGGAGUCGAUUACGCUGGGCCCGUGGCUGUUCGCACCAGCAAGGGACGCGGACAGCGCACCACCAAGGCCUUCAUAGCGGUGUUCGUCUGCCUCAGCUCCAAGGCGGUUCACCUGGAAUUGGCGUCCGAUUACACCUCCGAGGCCUUCCUGGUGGCCUUCCGCAGAUUCACCGCCCGCAGAGGCCUCUGCACGGACAUGUAUUCGGACUGUGGAACCAAUUUCGUGGGGGCCGACAAGGAGCUCAGGCGUCUCUUCCAAGCCUCCUCGCGCGACGGCCACCGUAUCGCCCGAGAGGCCGCUACCUCUGGAACUAAGUGGCACUUCAACCCCCCUGCCGCUCCUCACUUCGGAGGACUCUGGCAGGCUGCGGUAAAAUCAACCAAGCACCAUCUCCGGAGGGUGAUCGGCGAGGCUAAGUUGACGUUCGAGGAAUUCACCACCCUCCUUACUCAAAUAGAGGCUUGCCUCAAUUCCCGACCUCUUCGCGCGCUAUCCGAUGACCCCGAAGAUCUGUCCGCACUCACUCCUGGUCAUUUCUUGAUAGGCUCACCACUGCUAGCUGUCCCGGAACCGUCACGCGACGACCAGAGGGAAGGCUCACUCUCCCGGUGGCACAAUGUCCAAAGGAUGCGCGACCACUUUUGGAAACGAUGGUCGCACGAGUACCUUGCCGAAAUCGCAACCAAACCGAAGUGGCACAAACCAGCAAUCACACCGGAGAUCGGCGCACUAUGCAUCAUCCGCUCGGAGAACACUGCACCGACUCACUGGCCACUCGCGAGAAUCACGAAGCUGCAUCCGGGUGACGAUGGAGUAGUCCGAGUCGUCACCCUUAGGACCGCCUCGGCGAUCCUUGUGCGUCCGGUCACGAAAAUUGUACCGCUGCCGGGCAUUCGUGCCGCUACGGCUGAAAUUUAA